CGGGCGGGCGAGCGGCGGAUCUAGUGUGUGGAAGCGGCCGCGGGCGGCGGUGGGUUGUUUUCGGGCGGGGUGGGCGCCCAUGCUGUGGACGGGGGCAGUGAGGAGGAGGAGGAGGAGCGGGCCGGCCGUGCUGCACUGAGGAAGGAGGAGGAGGCGGCGGGAGCCCUCCCCCCCCUCGCCCGCCCCGCCGCCGCCGCCGCCGCCGCCCGGGCUGUUCCUGUGAGGCGGGGAGACAAUGAGUAAACUCUCCUUCCGAGCGCGGGCGCUGGACGCCGCCAAACCGCUGCCCAUCUACCGCGGCAAGGACAUGCCCGACCUCAACGACUGCGUCUCCAUCAACAGGGCCGUGCCCCAGAUGCCCACCGGGAUGGAGAAGGAGGAGGAAUCGGAACACCAUUUACAGCGAGCAAUUUCUGCACAGCAAGUGUUUAGAGAAAAGAAAGAGAGCAUGGUCAUUCCAGUUCCUGAGGCAGAAAGCAACGUCAUCUAUUAUAAUCGUCUGUACAAAGGAGAGUUUAAACAGCCGAAACAGUUCAUUCAUAUUCAGCCCUUUAAUCUGGACAAUGAACAACCAGAUUAUGAUAUGGAUUCUGAAGAUGAGACAUUAUUAAAUAGACUCAACAGGAAGAUGGAAAUUAAGCCUCUGCAGUUUGAAAUUAUGAUUGACAGGCUUGAAAAAGCCAGUUCUAAUCAGCUUGUAACACUCCAAGAAGCAAAACUGCUGCUAAAUGAGGAUGAUUACCUUAUUAAGGCUGUAUAUGACUACUGGGUGAGGAAACGUAAAAACUGCAGGGGGCCAUCCCUGAUUCCUCAGAUAAAACAAGAGAAAAGAGAUGGCUCAACCAACAAUGACCCCUAUGUUGCUUUUCGGAGGAGAACAGAGAAAAUGCAAACUCGAAAGAAUCGCAAAAAUGAUGAAGCCUCAUAUGAAAAGAUGUUGAAAUUAAGACGAGAAUUUAGCAGAGCCAUAACUAUUUUGGAAAUGAUUAAGAGAAGAGAGAAAACAAAACGGGAAUUAUUGCACUUAACUUUAGAAGUUGUUGAAAAAAGAUAUCAUUUGGGAGACUAUGGUGGCGAAAUCCUUAAUGAAGUGAAAAUUAACAGACCAGAAAAAGAAAUAUAUGCCACUCCAGCAACUCUUCAUAAUGGAAAUCAUCACAAAGUUCAAGAAUGUAAAACUAAGCACCCUCAUCAUUCGUCUUUAAAAGAAGAGGCACCUGAUGUUGUUCGUCAAAAGAAGAAGUACCCAAAGAAGCCAAAAGCAGAGACUUUGAUAACUCCUCAGCAGUCCACUACUGAGACAUUACCUGUGAUCAAUAAGAGUGAUAUUAAACAGUAUGACUUCCACAGCUCAGAUGAGGAUGAAUUCCCACAGGUACCAUCACCAGUUUCAGAACCUGAAGAAGAAAAUGAUCCUGAUGGUCCUUGUGCUUUCAGGAGGAGGGCAGGAUGCCAGUAUUUUGCUCCUCGUUUGGACCAAACUAACCAUUCAUAUGACAAUUCAGAACUGGCAGAUUUGGAUAAGUUGAGAUAUAGGCACUGCCUUACAACUCUUACUGUUCCAAGAAGAUGUAUAGGAUUCGCAAGGAGGAGAAUUGGCAGAGGUGGAAGGGUCAUAAUGGACCGGAUAUCCACAGAACAUGACCCUGUCCUGAAACAGCUAGACCCUGAAAUGCUGAAUGGUUUUUCAAGCUCUUCCCAAACUGUAGACUUUUCUUCUAAUUUCUCAUGGACCAAUGCUUCCAAUAAACAUUGUGAAAACAGACUGUCCCUUUCUGAAAUACUAAGCAAUAUCAGAUCAUGUCGACUACAGUGUUUCCAGCCAAGGCUACUAAAUUUACAGGACAGUGAUAGUGAAGAAUGUACCUCAAGGAAACCAGGGCAGACUGUGAACAAUAAAAGAGUUUCUGCAGCAUCUGUAGCUUUAUUGAACACCAGCAAGAAUGGCAUAUCAGUAACGGGGGGUAUCACAGAGGAGCAGUUUCAGACACAUCAACAGCAAUUAGUUCAAAUGCAAAGGCAGCAACUUGCUCAGCUUCAGCAGAAACAGCAAUCUCAGCAUUCCUCACAACAGACACAUCCAAAAGCACAGGGCUCAAGCACCUCUGACUGUAUGUCUAAAACACUUGAUUCAGCCAGCGCCCACUUUGCUGCAUCUGCAGUGGUCAGUGCACCAGUUCCAACUCGCAGUGAGGUGACCAAGGAACAGAGCACUAGCCACAGUAAUAUAAAUGGUGUUGUCCAGCCUUCAGGAACCUCUAAAACUCUGUACUCCACCAAUAUGGCUUUAUCAUCCAGCCCAGGGAUUUCAACUGUACAACUUGUAAGGACAGUUGGCCACACCACCACAAACCACUUAAUCCCAGCAUUGUGCACAAGCAGCCCUCAGACACUUCCCAUGAACAAUUCCUGCCUGACAAAUGCAGUGCACCUCAACAAUGUCAGUGUUGUUUCUCCAGUCAAUGUGCAUAUCAAUACAAGGACUUCAGCACCAUCGCCAACAGCCUUAAAACUUGCCACAGUUGCUGCCAGUAUGGACAGAGUGCCAAAGGUGACUCCUAGCAGUGCCAUCAGCAGCAUAGCAAGAGAGAACCAUGAACCUGAAAGAUUGGGUUUAAAUGGAAUAGCGGAAACAACAGUAGCAAUGGAAGUGACAUAACCUCCAACUGUUGGCGCUGACCUGUGCUGAUGGUGUGUAGUCAUUUCUUUUCCAACUGAAUGCAAAAUACAACACUCUGUGGAUCACAGAGAACUAAAAUGGACCUAUUGAACUAUCAAUAUAUCGAAUAUUAAAUCGAUAUAUAAUGUACAUUUUGUAAAAUUGGGAAAAUCACUACCUUGUAAAAUAGUUUAUUUGUAUCAUCAAUAUUAUUUCUGUUACUUGAAUAGUAGAUAUUCAUCAUCAUGCUUUUGCACUUGAAUUUGCAACUGAAUGGAUUUAAAAAAUAAUUCUUUAAUGGGAUCAUGAGCAUGAAAUGGGAUCCUGCAUCACUUGUUUUAACUAUUUAUUUUGCCAUGUUUACAUUUUGUAUCUUGUACAAAUAAAUCGAACUUUGUGUCUAAAAAGUUAAAGAUUCAUAGCUAGGAAAUGAAAUUCUUGUAAUUUUUUUCUAAUGGAACUGUAAAGUUUUCACUUGGUUCAUUUUGUUUCACAAUUUGACUAGAUGGACUUUUUGGUAAAUACUUUAGUGGCAUUUCACUGUCAAAUAUGAAGUUCAAGGCAAAAUAGUAUUUUCUAUUACUGUGCAGGGGAAAGGGAUGGAUCGAUACAUGCAAAUUUAAUGUAGUAACUCACUUUUCCAUAUAUUUUGAAUGUAUAUUUCUAUUUAUAAUACCAGUUUAUAAAAAAUAAUUACACAGAAAAAACUGACUAGGAAAAAUUAUGCAUCUAGCACAUAUAAACUGUGCAGAUAAGAAAAUUUUUCAACUGAUUACAUUUUAUCUGAAGACUACAUAUUUUAACGGCUUUAAAACUGUAACACACCACGUAAAGAAUAUUUUACCAGGUAUGUAUUGCAUUAUAUCAUUGCAAUAAUUAUUGGAUGUCUAGAUAUCGAGCCAUCCCAGGUGGUGGGAGGGGGGAGGGUUGUGGCAAGAUUGUCUUUUCAAUUUCGGAGAAUUUUCCUGUGGCUACAAGGCAAGUAACGGGUUGGAAAAAGUCUGACUGUAAGCGUUGGACACCUUCGUAGUGUAGUGUUUUAGUGACUUUUUUUAUACGGUUCUUGUAAAUUAGAUAUGUGUAGUGGUGUUUCAGAAUGUUUGUUUAUGCACUAGUUCAGACAACUUUCCCUGUUACUUGUUCUUGAUAAGUGAAAACUGCAGGGAAAUAAAAAUACAUAUC